AUGAGCUCCGUGAUCCUGCUGCUGCUGCUGCUGCUUCCCGCCGGGGACGCCGGUUCUGAGGAGCUGCCCAGGCGGCGCCUGGCGUGCGUCAGGUGCUGCGGGCCCUCGGAGCAGCCCGUGUCCAUCUUCUCCCAAAGGUCUGCCAGGAUGAGCGGCCAUCCCCAAUAUCCCCUGCCCAAAAUCCAGCCCACCAUCGACAUCACCAUCCUCAAAGGCGAGAAGGGCGAGAUGGGCGAGCGCGGGUUCCCCGGAGCCGCGGGGAAGGCGGGAGAGCGCGGAUCCCGCGGGCUGAGCGGCCGCAAGGGCCAGAAGGGGCAGCCGGGCCCCCAGGGCCACCCCUGCAAGCAGCUCUUCGCCGCCUUCUCCGUGGGCCGCCGCAAGCCCCUGCACAGCUCCGACUACUUCCAGCUCGUCACCUUCGACACGGAGCUCGUCAACCUCUACCAGCACUUCAACAUGUUCUCCGGAAAGUUCUUCUGCUACGUGCCCGGCGUUUACUACUUCAGCCUCAACGUGCACACCUGGAACUUCAAGGAGACCUACGUGCACGUGAUGAGGAACGAGCAGGCCGUGGCCAUCCUGUACGCCCAGCCCAGCGACAGGAGCAUCAUGCAGAGCCAGAGCCUGAUGCUGGAUCUGCAGGAAGGAGAGGAGGUUUGGGUCAGGAUGUUCAAGAGGGAGAGGGAAAACGCCAUUUACAGCGAGGAGUCGGAUCUUUACAUCAUCUUCAACGGGCACCUGAUCAAACCCGCCCUGGAGUAG